AUGUUCCUGGUGGGGCUCUCRGGAGGCAUCGCCACGGGGAAGAGCACGGUGGUGGCCAUGCUGCGGGAGCUGGGCUGUGCCGUCAUCGACGCCGAUGUCAUUGCCAGGGAAGUGGUGCGGCCCCGCCGCAAGGCCUACCGGCAGAUCGUGCAUCACUUUGGCCCCGGGAUCCUGCUGGAGAGCGGAGAGAUCAACCGCGAGGCCCUGGCACGCAUCAUCUUCUCGCAGCCGCAGGAGCGGCAACUGCUGAACGCCAUCACGCACCCCGAGAUCCAGAAGGAGAUGCUGAAGCAGGUCCUGAAGUACUUUGUGCUCGGCUACCGCUACGUGAUCCUCGACAUCCCCCUGCUCUUCGAGACCAACCGACUGACCAAGUUCAUGAAAUACACAGUGCUGGUCUACUGCGACCCGCGCACGCAGCUGGAGCGGCUCAUGCGGCGGGACGGGCUGCCGCGCGCCGAGGCGCAGGCCCGCAUCGCCUGCCAGCUGCCGCUGCACGAGAAGCGCCGCCUGGCCACCCACGUCGUGGACAACUCGGGCGAGCGCGCCAGCACGCGCCGGCACGUGCUGCGCCUGCACGGCCAGCUCGCCGCCUCGCGCGCCUUCCUGUGGGCACGGCUCGCGGCCGCCGCCACCGCCGCCGGCCUCGCCRCGCUCCUCUGCUGCCUCCUCCGGCCCUUCCUCUCCUAA